AUGGCGUUAUUGGCAAGGCAGAGCCAGGCCGAUCAAGCUGUCGACUACAUCAUAAACGCACUGAGCAAACCAAACUUUCAUGGAGAUAUAAAGGCAAUUCUCAACAAUUUGGUGUAUUAUGUGCCAAGGGUACGUUCAAAGGUAAAUCUUGAUAGACUAUUACAUGCUAUGUUCUGCUCCAAGGCCUGGGAAACUGCCUUACAAAACGAUCUCAUCUCGUUGCAGGAAAGUUCGGAAGCUAUCUUUUCAUGGAAGCUGGAGAUCUCUGAACCUGUGAUCAGUGUGAAUGAAUUUUAUCAAGCAUGGGACAGCGCAGUUACUGACUGCAACAUGUGGUCCGCGGGCCAGAUCGCUAUCAUAGGUGGGGCUUUGAAAGCCCAGAAUAAGUUUAAAUCCUUGCAGACAAGGUACUUUUUGGACGAAAGAGGCUCGGUUGUUGAGAUUUACACGCGCUGGAAAAGGCAAUACUUUUUGCCGUUAUGGCGCCAAAUAUUCAUGAGAAGCGUUCGCACGCCCAAAAGACUUGAGCAAUUGGCUCUCAUUCUUUCGGCCGUAUUUUCGCCCGGUGACUCGGCCUUUGUACCGUGUGAUCCGCUUUGUGAAGUGCUCAUAGGGCUCUCAAUAGCUUACAUUCAGGACCCGUCUAGGGGUGAGCCUAGUGUGGCUCGAAACAUAAGCAAUAUCGCGAAAACCCUGGAAGCUGCGCUUCAAUAUGCAUCUAAGAAAGUGACAUCUCGCUCGUUAAAGUUAAUAUGUACCGCGACCUUUGAGCUUUCCCUCCGAGAACUCAAUAAUCCAAAAUCGGUUUAUUCGUCGCAAGCGUACUCCAAUCAGUUAUUGACCGUUGUAUUGAUUUUUCGUGGGUGCGUUACACAGCCAGUAAUUCCUGACAUCUGGUAUCUACAGAUUAUCGUGUCCUUAUACUACAUGAACUUCAUCUUACAAGAUUUUGGUAGAGUUGGUUUUGAGUCUUACGAGUUCAUCUACGAGGUGUGCACUACUGCCAUCAAGAUGAAACCUGAAAGCUACGUGAACAGUUUGGAAGUUAUGCGAGGAAAUUUGUGGCCCUCAGUAAUGAACAACGCCGUUAAUGACAGCCGGGCCCUUUUUCUCCUGACAUUUGUCGAGUCAACAGUAGCUGAUAUGACCAUCGAUGCAAAACUUCUUCACAGCAUCCUAGUUCCAACCCUAAAUCAUUUCGUUCGCUCCCCUAAUACAGUAAUCUGCGAAUCCGCUCAUGCAGCUCAAUUAGCGUUAUUCUCGAACCAUGUCUCUCCCGAUUGUCUUCAAAAAUGGAAAUGCGGAAAUUGUUUGGAGUACCUUGAUUUAUCUACAAAUCAGUUUUUGGCAGGAUUCCUAUCGUCCAGUCAGGUAGUUCAUGUUUAUACGUCGAUUGUACGUGAAGCAGCAUUCCUGCAUCCGUAUAAUGACGACCUUGUGAGGGAAAUCCUUCAUUUUACCUACUUGAGAAUCCUAAACUCGUGGAAAAUGGGGCCAGAGAUAGUGACCACACUAAUAGAAUGCCUCGUUGUUCAGAUUCCUCAUGCGAGCCAAAAGUAUAUCAUCGACUGGCUCGAUAACUGCUUGAGCCUUAUUAACAGUUGUGGUCAAGGGAAGGAAAAGUUAUUAGAUCAUCUUUGGUUACAGCUUACAAGCAAUGAAAUAACAGAUGACGCAUUUAGUUGGUGGUAUGAAAACGUGGUUAGGGCUAGUUCUAAACUUUAG